UGACAUUCAGAGGAAAAACAAAUCUGACCUCUCAGAAACGACUCGAGCUGCAUUUAGACGGCAGUGUAAACAUUGCUUAGCCUAUAUUGCAUUCAGCCAGUUUACUUGAAGCAACUUUGCACCAGUGGUUUUUAAUAUUUAUUGUUGUUGUUGUUGUUUUUUUUUUUCUUCCAUCCAUCAUGUUUUGGUGCAUCCUCCUGUGCGCAGGUUUCCUCCUCGCUCCCCCCUCUCUCUUUGCAGAAGGGCGGAUAAGAAAACGCUAUGUCAUCGGCUGUCCGGAGAAAUGCGACAAGUCCCAGUGUCCGCCGAUCCCCGCCGACUGCCUGGCCGGCGACAUCCUGGACCAGUGCGACUGCUGCCCGGUGUGCGCCUCCGGGGAAGGGGAGGCGUGCGGCGGGACGGGGCGCCUCGGCGACCCGGAGUGUGCGGACGGCUUGGAGUGCAUGGUGAGGGACGGAGUGGAGGUGUCCGCCACCGUGCGCAGGCGCGGGAAGACGGGCGUGUGCGAGUGCAAGAGCUCCGAGCCGGUCUGCGGCAGCGACGGGGUUUCGUACCGGCACAUCUGCGAGCUGAAGCGGGUCAGCAACAGGGCGCAGAAGCUGCAGCAGCCGCCGGUGAUUUUCAUCCAGAGAGGCGCCUGCGGGAAAGGCCAAGAGAACCCAGACAGUCUGCGCUACAAGUACAAUUUUAUCGCCGAUGUGGUGGAAAAGAUAGCACCCGCCGUGGUUCACAUUGAACUGUACCGCAAGAUGGUGUUCUCGAAGCGUGAGGUAGCGGUUGCUAGCGGCUCUGGGUUUGUGGUGUCAGAAGAUGGCCUAAUCGUGACCAACGCCCAUGUGGUGGCCAAUAAACACAGAGUGAAGGUGGAGCUGAAGAGCGGCGCCACCUUCGAUGCCAAGAUCAAAGACGUGGACGAGAAGGCCGACAUCGCUCUCAUCAAAAUUGACACACCGAUGAAGCUGCCGGUCCUGUUGCUGGGUCGUUCGGCUGACCUUCGACCCGGCGAGUUUGUUGUCGCCAUCGGCAGUCCGUUCUCCCUCCAGAACACCGUCACGACUGGGAUCGUUAGCACCACCCAGCGAGGAGGAAAGGAGCUGGGGCUCCGCAACUCCGACAUGGACUACAUCCAGACAGACGCCAUCAUCAACUACGGCAACUCAGGAGGACCACUUGUCAAUCUGGAUGGAGAGGUGAUAGGCAUCAACACUCUGAAAGUGACUGCAGGAAUCUCUUUUGCCAUCCCGUCGGACAAGAUCAGACAGUUCUUGGCAGAGUCUCACGACAGACAGGCCAAAGGUAAAACAUCCACAAAGAAGAAGUAUAUCGGUGUUAGAAUGAUGACGCUUACACCACCGUUGGCUAAGGAGCUGAAGGAGAGACAGUCAGAUUUCCCCGACGUCACCUCAGGAGCGUACGUCAUCGAGGUCAUCAGCAGGACCCCAGCUGAGGCAGCCGGUCUACAGGAGAGUGACGUCAUCAUCAGCAUCAACGGCCAACGGAUCACCUCGGCCAGCGACGUCAGCACUGCCAUAAAGCGGGACGAAACAUUGCGAAUGGUGGUGAGGCGAGGGAACGAAGAUGUCAUCCUAACCAUCGUCCCAGAGGAGAUUGACCCUUGACCUCACAGACACCCCAUAAUUAGUCAACCAAUCCCGAGCUGGCUCUCAGUGUUUUUUUUCAACAAACCGUGAAUGUUCUGAAACGCCAAGCAACAAAUAGGGGCUAUGUGUCUCCUGUCUCCACCCACACGAACUGUGUUUAAUUAUUAGGAAUACUACUAUUCCCUCCCCCUACCCUAAUUUGCACAUGUUCACACACACACACUCACACACACGAACAUGUUCACUGAUUCAGAUAGAGCCAGUUACACUGAAACAAGCUUACAUAGACAUGCUCUCUACAGAGGCCUUAGAGGUCCACAUGAAAUACUCGGGCAGUAGAAACUCAACCAGGGCCAAGCCAUAUUUCCACUGUUCUGUCAUACUUUUCAGUUGGUUGUGUUAUAUUUUUUUUCCCAUGUUUGUAUAUAUAUAAAAAAAAGAUUCAACCACCUUCAGAGAACCCGAUCGAUCCAUUUACCAUCAUCACAGUCAAUUUUAUAUUUUACACUCCUCAUUGGUCACAACAAAGUGGAUAUUGCAGCUCAUCAUAGUCUUGUUUCGUAGUGAUAUGUUGCUAAUGGAAUAUUUUUUAAAUUUUUUUUUUUUUGUGUUUAUGUGUUUGACGACAAUUUUCGAAGAGGAAAUAAACCUAU